AUGACAAAACGGAGGAAGUGUGGUACUCCCUCGGAGGAUGAGAUCUUGGAACGUAGUCAAGAGACAGUUGAUGGCAAAGAUGCCGCCGAGAAGGCAAGGUGCCAAAAGGUGGUCGAUGAGUAUCCGGCGUUCCAGACCACCCAGAAGGCAGAAACCGUAAAACGCAAUCGUUCGCAGGACGAAGGCGGUAAAACUGCGAAAAAGAUGCCACACACUGCUUUGACGCUCAAACCAGCCAAACUCGCGUUUAAUGAGGUGGCACGGGAUCACCUGCAAACGGCGUUGGUGGACGAACUAACGAACCGCGGCAAACCUGCGUUGAAAAAAUGGCCCGAAAUCGAGGCACGGCUGUCUCGUAUUGUCGUUGAUCACGGCAUGGCAAGCUCGACGGGUCAAGUGCCAGGAUUUGAUUCAAUGGAGGUGGUUCGUGGAUACAGGGUGAUAAAAUGUGACGGUCAGUUGUCUGUUGAUUUGUUGCAAAACACUGUUAGUAAAAUCCAGAGCGACUGGGAAGGUUUGAGGCUCAAACUUAUCCCAGCCAGUGAGAUCCUACGAAGGCCAAAGGCCCGCAUCCGCUUAGCAGCUAAUCCCAUACUUACAAGCACACAACUGCCCUGUUCCAAUGGAUGA